AUGGCCGCUGCGAACUCACAGCCUCCACCUUUACCGCCCAGGAAAGUGUCUGGCCUGCCGACUCUUGGACCUGUCAGUAGUGUCACCUCGAGCAUCUCAAACGAUAUCGAUAACGCUAGUGAUGCUUCACCUCGAGCUCCACCCCCACCCCUUCCCGCACGAAAACCUCCUCCACUUCCCAUCAGUGUGCCAAGCGAUGAUCGAACUUCCACCACACCGGCUCAAUCAAGUAGAUUGGACACACCAGCUCUGACCAUUACUCCGGCAUCCCCAGAUGAAUCAAAACCUCCGACCUGCAGCUCUGAAGCCCAUGCUGCCGCAAGCAAAACCCACGCCUCGAAUGACAAGAAGAGCCCUUUCGACGGGGUCUUCCAGAGCUUCUUAAAGGAGCUCCACGAGAAGCUUCCGUAUCCGGACCUAUUUGUGGUCUGCAUGCUCUUGCUAGACCUAUGGGGCACAAGACUCGCUAAGAGUUGGGUCCUCGUCCUCGCUAUCGCGUAUAGCCUCCUACGAUGGCACCAUGGCAUUCGUAUGAAAGCCAAAGCUGUGAAACCCGACGCCGAGUCCGAUUCAUCGCCUACUCACCUUAAACCGCCGUCAUCGAUGGAUUGGCUCAACCACACCCUGUAUGCACUCUUCCCACUCAUCUCAACAGACGUCCUCGCACCAUUCAUUGAUCUGCUGGAAGACGCCCUGAUCGGCCAAUGCCCCGCCAUCGUCACUUCUGUACGCCUGACAUCAGCCUCGCUUGGAGCACAGCCCGUCCUUCUGACCUCUUUGAAGGCCCUUUCAGAUAAGGAAUGGUUCCAGGCGAUUGCACCUCCCGGGGGUGGAGGGAGGAGCAGCCCGACAGGUCUAAAUACCGCUGCGGCCGGUGGUCGCAGACGAUCAACCAGCAGUUCCAGCACCCACACGCUCGGGAAUCCAGAAGCUCAGCUCGAAGGUGAACGUCGACGUAAACGAGAUCGUGUACUACGGCACCUUUCUCGAAGACGGCGGAGAGAGGGUACUGGCCAUACUAUAUACACCGGGGACCCGUCCUCCGCAGGACGAGCAGAGGAGCGAAAGGAUGCACUUCGACCAGCUGAUGCCGAAGGUCAAAACGAUCUGCCAAACGAAGAGGACAUCGAUGCGGAGAGAUAUGUCAACUAUCAAGUACAAUUCAAAUACGAUCGACCCGAAAAUCUGGGUCGUAAAGGCUGGGGAUUACACGUUUUGGCUUACAUUGGGUGGGGGCUGAAAGGUGUCGGCAAGUCGGAGAUUCCGGUUUACAUCGAUGUCUUGUCCAUCCGAGGAACUGUCAACGUCAGAUUAUUACUGUCUGCUACACCGCCGUUCGUCCGCACAGCUAUCAUCUCCUUCCCCCAUCAGCCGACAGUAGACCUUUCCGCCGCCCCGUUGAGGAAAUAUGGUUUUGACGCGAUGGGUCUACCGGGCAUGAAGUCGUAUGUACAAGCAUCAAUAGCCGAGGUUGUUGGCGCGUUCAUACGCCCCAAUACAUACUCCCUAGAUGUGGAGAGGCUGCUGAUGGGUCGCGAAUCGGCACUCCGAACUUCGGCUAUAGGCGUUCUGCAGAUCGUCAUUCACAGCGCUGAAGGGCUUCGACGAACGGACACUAUGGGAUCAUGUGAUCCUUAUGUUGUGGCUUCUUGGAAUAAGUUCAACAAGCCACUAUUUAGUACCCGGACCAUCGUGGCGACCAGAACCCCCUCGUGGGAGGAAACUGCAUAUCUUCAAUCCGGCGAGAAACUCCGACUACGUGUCUCAGAUGCCGACAGGUUCUCCUCUGAUGACAGUCUCGGUCAAGUCGAGACGGAUCUGGCGGACAUUAUCGAUCGUUAUACUGCCAAAGACGCCAAUUCGCUGCCCGAACGCCUGAACAGCCAGCUAGUUGCAGAUCAUCCUGGUAUGAAAGCGUCUGGCAGCAUCGAUUGGUCAGUGAGGUUUUGCCCCAUUUGGCAGAUUCCCCAAGAAGAGCUGCAACAGAGGCUGGAGAAGAUGAAGGCAUCACGGAAAGGCGAGCCUGGCCCAAAUUCCGGAAGCAGCGGGUGGUUGAUGGACCUCGUCAACAAGCUCAAACUCGGCCAAGAUUGGGAGGAUGAUCGGGCGGCACGGCGACAUGAGACUGUUGCAUGGUUCACGGGCGAGAAGGAGCGAGAAGAGAUGGAAGCUGCGAUGCGACCUCCGGACGACAUGCGAAGUGGAGUCUUCCAGUUUCACAUCCAUCAAUGUGAUGACUUGGAGGUGGAAACUGUGCAAGGGACAUUCUCAUCCCCUCGGAAGAGUCAUGAGCUGUCAGCUGCCGGCGGAAGACCUGCCCUGGCUGAUGUGAUCGACAAGACGCCAGCAGAGAACACUGAGCCGCCUUCCGCGUACUGCGAGGUGUACCUGAACGAUAGUCUGGUAUUCAGGACCAGGACGAAACAAGUGACGCCCUCACCUUAUUUUAACGCAGUCAGUGAGCGGUUCAUCAGGGACUGGCGGCUUGCCAAAGUGGUCUUUGUAUGUCGAGACGAACGGAAUCUUGAACAUGAUGCGAUCCUUGGCAUCGUCAGUCUGAGGCUAGGUGACGUCUUCGCCGAGCGUAGUCAAAUCACCAGAUGGUUCCCACUCAUUGGAGGUCUCGGAUGGGGAAGAAUACGCCUAUCCUUGCUGUUCAAGCCAAUCGAAAUGACACUUCCUUCCAUGGUCUCCGGCUACGAGGUCGCAACUCUGGCCAUCAAGGGUCUGACCGCCACACAGUUCAAGGGAGCUCCUUCCUCCAUGUCGGUCGUGGUUGAGACAGAGACUGACUCUUAUGAGUUCUGCGACCCCGAAGAAGUUGAGGAAGACGCUGAAGCUGUCGAGUCACCUGGUGUUACGCCGUCAAAGUUGGAGCAGACUGCAUCCAUUCGAUCACUUCCCGGUACCAAAGCGUCAUUUGACUUUUCUUCAGCUGUAGACGUGGAGUGGGAGAUCAACAAACCUGUUCGACUUGCCGUUCAAUAUCGACACUCCUGCCACGUUGUGUUGCGGUUCUUCUCUAAGAGCGGAGUUCGACGUAAGCGUAAAACGCAUGGAAUCGCUUGUAUUCGUCUCGACGAUGUACCGGAAGGAGUGAAUCAUGAGAAGAUUGCACCUAUCUUCGAGACCGAUGAUCUGAGGUUGGCCGUCAAAGCUUCGCACGAAUUCGCACGGGAUCAGCCGGACGAUUCUUCAACGACAUCUGUACCGGACACACCUGGUCUGCCUGUGUCUCAGAUCUUAGGCUUCGCUAAUCUUCAUAUCAAGAUUCAUCCCGGAGUCAGCAAGGCACACCGCAAGCUCUGCAGGAAAGAUCUGAGGUUCAAAAAGGUUUAUGAAGUCUGGGAGAUCGCAAAGGAAAGAGAAGUGGGUUGGGAUAGAGUGACAUUUAAAGACCGACAGAGGUUGAAAAAGGAGGAUGCAAGAGCCGAGAUGGAUCGACCGAUGGAUUCGUCAGAUGGGGGCAGUGAAGGACGGACUCGGGUCUCUCAAGACGAGGGCAGUUGGUCAGGAGGUGACGAUCUGGACGACGAGGAUGAGGACGAGCAUGAGACUCCAGACAACCUUCGAAGGGACAAAAAGGACGAUUCCGGGGACGAAGGGGAAGAUGAUACUGGGUUCUUCGCAGAAGCUAGAGCGCAUUCUCGAGCACUGCAUAAACGCAACAAGGGCAUCUUCCAGCUCAAGAUUGCUCGUACAGGCAAAUACGUGAUUGACAAGUUGCAAGCCAAAGCGUAUUCUAAGAAGGACAUCAGACGAGAGCGGGGAGCAGAUCUGAAUGUCGAGCAUGAGGGUCAGAGCUCUCUGUGA